UUUGCUGUAUUGAGCCGAUUGUUUAGAACGUCUAAUAAUCUUUCUCAUGUAUAAAUGGCCUCAAUUGUAAACUGCUUUUUUCAGAUGAAUUGUACACCAAGUACGACUAUUAUGGUUUGAUUUUUUGAUAUUUGUCUUUUAUUCUGAAGAAGUGUAGAGUGCGCGUGGACGAGGGUUCAAGCCUUCUCUUAUCAUUUUAACCAGAAAAAAGUCAGUUACCCAACUAUCACAUUUAUUGAACCUGGACGAAGAAGAUGGACGAGAUAGAGUUGUUCGAUGGGAGUGUGGGAAUGUACACCCGAUCUCUCCUCACUGAGGAGGAGAAAGAGAGAGAGGAUCCUCUUUGGGGCAGUGGACUCAUAGUGACCAGACCAGACAUAGUGCAACAGAUGCACAGGGAAUAUGUGUCAGCUGGGUCGACAUUCAUUACCACCUGUACAUACCAGACUUCACUGGAUCUGUACUGCUCAGAGUUCAACAUCACCAGAGAAGAAGCACAGCAGAAACUGGCCAAUUCUGUUAACUUAGCUCGAACAUGCUUAAACAGCAAUGGUGAACAGGGCGAUAAAAAGAGGUUCAAAGUGGCGGCCAGUAUUGGCUCUUUCGGAGCCCAUCUCUGCAACAUGUCUGAGUAUAACGGAUCCUUUGCUGCAAACUUUUCGGAGGAGCAGAUGGCGAGUUGGCACAAGGAGCUCGUCUCUGCUUUCCAACUAACUAAACCAGAUGUGAUUGGAUUCGAAACUAUCCCAGUGAUUAAAGAGAUGAAUGCCAUCAUGUGUAUGAUGCGAGACUGUUUCCCCUCCCAGAAGUUCUACCUCUCCUUCCAGUGCAGCUCCCCCUCCACCCUAGGCAGUGGGCAAUCAUUCCAACUUGCCAUCCAGCAACUACUUACAUUCAAAGCAAACAAUAAUUUGGUCGCUAUAGGUAUCAACUGUAGUGCUGUGCAGCACACCACUGGGCUGUUGGAGAGUGCGAGAGAUGCAAUAUCACAGCUGGCUCUUCCUGUCCUCAUAAUGCCUAACUUGAAAUUUGGCGGGUUCGCGGCCGAGGAGUUUGAACAGCUGAGGAAGGACUUCUUCGACUGCAUUGAGUCGCAGUGUGUCCAGUGGCAUGCUCUCGGUGUGAGAUGGUUUGGGCUGUGUUGCAGAACAGAACCACCAGAUAUAUCCAAGUUGAAACUCAUCAUCACAAGCAAACUAGGAAACUCGUGUAGCUCACAAGCCAACAAAAACUCAAUUUAAUUCAUGAAGAUUUUAACUUAUUUUCAUCCAUAAAUUAAUUUAUAGUGAAAAAUUAUUACGUCCUGAAAUGGCUGAUUAUUUAGUUUAAAUUAAGGCAGUUCGAAAACUGGUUCUUCAGUUGAUUUUUAUGAUAACUAUUGGCCUUUGAGUUUAUUCAGUUAAUGUCAAAUCUUUAACGAUUUAAUCAGAAUCUUGGAUUUGUUUGAUAUCAUUUUCGU